AUGAGCUUGCACGGACUCGGCGUGAUUGGCGCGCAAGUGGCCGUAUCGAUCAAGAGCAACGAUGAGAAACACACCUCGACGCCAAUGAUUCAGUCCCCCUCAGCCUCCGUGCAGUCAACACCGUCAUGCCACGAGUCCCGGAACCCGGACUUUGAUCCGCACGUUGACGCGAAGCCUUACUCUCCUUUCUACCGUCAUGGAUCACCCACCAUCUCCUACGAGCAACUCACCUUCGAGACUAAGACCGCCAGUCGUGAGCGCAGCGGAUUGAGGGAUAUCGAGAAUGCCGAUACGUACUUGGUGACACGAAAUGACAGUCCGCGACGGUCGAAACUAUGGGAGGGCGAGAAUCCGCGUCGGUCAUGUAUGCAAUCGUUGACUUCACGACAACGCAUGGCGUUGAAGGCAGUUGUGGCAGUGGUCACGGUGGGCACGAUGAUUGCUAUCGCUUUGGGCAUUACGGCGGCGGUGGGUGGAGCAAGCUGGAGGAACAGUACGAAGCAGGCAGCUUUGGGCGGAUAG